AUGAUUUCUCAGUGUUUAGAGGCAGCAGAGGGCUGUGUGACGGUGAAGUUCAGCCUCGCAGGUCAUCCCUCUCAGAACCAGCUGCACUUCCAUCUCAAACCAGCAGAGGACACUGGGUUGGCUGCUCGCACUCGGAUUCGCUGCCUGGAGUUGGAGGACAGAUCUGACAGAGGACGGAGUGAGCAGUUCUUUUACUGCCUUCAUUGCUGGCAACAAAGACAGUGGCAAGUGGAUUCAAGGACCUCUGGCACGCAGACAUAUUCCAACACCAAGACAAAUACAGUCUUUACCUGUGAAAAAGGUGUUUGGAGGGGGAAGAAAAGCAUCUGGAAAAGAGCUCCAGUUAGCGCACCACCCUGCGCUCAAGCAGCUCCAGUGAGCGCGCCUUCCAGUGCUCCAGUCGGCGCACUUCCCUGCGCUCCUUUCAGCGCACCUUGCAGAGAUCCAGCCUGCGGAGAUUCCGCCUGCGGAGAUCCAGCCGGUUCAGCCUGCAAGGUCCAGCCUGUUCAGCUUGCAGAGAUCAAGCCUGCCCAUCCGCCAGAGACCCUGUUGUCAGCGCGUCCUCCGGGUCGUCCUCCAGAAGACCGGCCAAAGUCUUCUCAGCCUCCGGGUCAAACCACCGGAGAUUCUGCCUGCUCAACAUCCGGAUCUGCCUCUAGAGAUCCGGUUGUGGCCUGCUCAUUCCCCAAGAACCUGGUCCAGGUCUGCUUACCCUCCGGGUCGUCCUCCAGAGAUCCGGUUCUGGCCUGCUCAUCUUUCCAUGGUCCGGCUCCGGGCAGUUCGUCUACCCAGGUCAUGGCCCUUGUCUGUUCGCCCUCUGGGUCGUCCUUCAGAAAUCUGGUUCUGGCCUGCUCGUUCCCCAAAACCUGGUCCAGGCCUGCUUACCUUCCGGGUCGUCCUCCAGAGAUCCGGUUCGGGCCUGCUCGUCCUCCAUAGACCCAGUCCCGGUCUGCUUACCUUCCGGGUCGUCCUCCAGAGGUCCAGCCCCGGUCUGCUCAUCCUCCCUGGGUCCGGCCCCGGUCUGCUUACCCUCCGGGUCGUCCUCCAGAGGUCCAGCGCCGGUCUGCUCAACUUCCCUGGGUCUGGCCCCGGCCUGCUUGUCUGCCGGGUCGUCCUCUGGAGAUCCGGCUCCUGUUGCCAUGGCUUUCAGCCACCUUUUCGGGCCGUCUGGAAUUCGGCCCUUAGAGGGGGGGCUACUGUCAUGGAGCUCCUCCUCCUGCAGUCCCCUCAUCCUCCACAGCUGGUCCUGAUCAGUUAAUAGGCAUCAGGACCUAUGGGUUUCACCUGAUCCACAAGGUAUAUAAGGAGCCUUCCUGCCCUUAUUCCGUGUCGGAUCUUAAUCAACACUCAUAAUGGACUCACCCCUUCUCUGAUGCAGAUCCUCAUCUCCAAACCGACUCAUUCAGCAGAUGAAGCUGUUGCUCCCCAGCAGCCCCUCAGAGAGCCUCUUUUGCAGUUGGAGUCUCUGCAGAAGGCGUCUAGUAGAUGGAUGCUGGAUGCUCCUCUGCACUGGGAAAGACCAGUGACGAGGUGGAAAAGUCAAAGCCUGCAUUGGUUAACAAGGAGGUGUGGGCCACCAUUCUGGCUCUGAUCUGGCUUCAUGGUUUCAAGAUGGAUGUAAAGGAGGAGUGGGAGCUUCUGGCCAUGAAGGCUGCAUCAUGGCUCCGUCCUUAGAAUGGACCAUGUGUGACAGAGUGUGUGGAAGCAGGAAAUGCACUGCUGGGCUGCAGCGUGCAGAAAGACGCUCUGGGGCUCUGAAGUUAAGGUUAAAGAGGCUUCAUUUUCAGGAUUCUUACACAGAAGCACAUUUACUAAAUCACACAGCUUUCACAAUGUAUAUUACUCUUUGCAGCAUCUGCCUUUAUAAUGUGCCUUACUAUAACUGCUCUGUAUGUAUCAGCCACCAGAGUUCUUAAAGAAAGCUUUUGUUUUUGCCUUUUUCAUGUUUCUUUGUAUCUGGAUGUUUUACUAAAAGACAGAUGCAUGAAUCAUUCGUAUAAAUGAAAAAAAUGAGAGAGAAUUUGUUCAUUGUUGUUUUAUUUAUGUCAGCUUUAGGUGACGGUGACACUGUUGUUUACCAAAUUGUAUUAAAAUGAAUAUAACUCCACAUCUGUUUGGCACAGUUAACCCUACACCUGAGUUUAGUUACCAGGAUGUUUUACUUUGAGGAUGACUCUAGUUUUUAUCCACAAUUGACGUGUUUAGAGUCGCAUAGAGUAACAAAGAGCCAGAGUUCACAAAGUGUGCUCAGAGUCCACUUUUGAAUAGGUUCAGGUUACCUCUCUCUAUACCUGUGAAAGGCAGCCAUUGCACUGGCUGCACAUGAAGGAGAAUAAGGAAUGUCAGUAAUAUUUGUUCUAAACUCAUUUUUAUUGAAUCCUCCUCUCUGGAAAAUAAAUAUUCAUGUUCUGAUCCAUGUUGAAAAAGUCAUGGAUGGACACAGUAGCAACAUAAUUGUGCUAAGUGAUCAUAUAUUCACUACAAAUGUCCAUUUUGUUUGGGAUUUAACAUAAAUGAACUAAACAUAAGUUUAAGUAUUUGUUUGUUUUGCUUUUGUUUAUGUUUUAUUUCUCACUAAAAUGCCAUGUUCAACGUUGUCCAUAAUAUUCUUCAGUAAUGAAUAACAAUCCCUUCUGCUUUUUGCACGUCUUUACCUGAAUUUUAAACCUUGUUGGCAACUGUAUCCUUGUCUUUGAGGUUGGAAAGUGUUCAUGUGAUGUGAAUAAAGAAAAUAUAGAAUCCU